CUGAGCUGAUGUUUCAGUGUUGAACUUCUCGCGAUCGUGCUCGCAUCGGCUUUGGUUAGUGUCUCGUGCAGCAGCCUACUUGGAUAUCGUCAGCUUUUGCGACCUGUUGUUUGUUGCGGGUGUCGUGCGUGCCCAAGACCACUUGGAUCAACCGUGAAUUCGGUCGUUUUGUUGUUGUUCUCAACCGGGGAGUGCGUUUAGUGGUUCCUGUCAAAGAGUGAGAGAAAGUGUCAGCGGUUUAACGGAUGCACGGUGAAUUUUAAUUAGCGAGAAGAGCGUGUUUUUUCGCGGCGGGAAUAUCCUGUCGUGUUUCUGCUGGUUCAAAACGUGCGAUCGAGAAGAUCAAGGUAAAGGUCAGUGUUAUUGUGGCCGACGGGAGAAAAAUAUUUGACGUGCCAAUCCGCUCUAAUUAGGGCAAGUGGAAAUUCGCGAUUGCGUCGAAGAAAGGAAAAUUUCAAGGAGAGUCGCCGCGAUAAAACGCGCGUUUUUCGAGUCGCGCCUGUGGGUGUGUGUGUGACGCGGUUUCAAAAAUAGUUUGUUGCCAAUGUGGUGCGGCGGCGGCUGCGGUGGUUGUCAUUAAAUUUUAAGUAAAUAGUAAAUAAUCGACCGCAACUCAGAACGCGUUUCUGUGCAAACCUGUCACAUCAACAAAGGAGCCGCGACGAUCUAGUUUCCACUGCGGGGAACAAACCGUUGUCCUGUCAUUGACAAAGAAGGCGCGAACGCUGAAAACCGGCACAUUUUGAGGUCUUUUCACUUUCCACCACUGCAUGGCGCUCUUGGAUCGCUAGUCGAGCCAAAAAACAAUGACCAAACUCUUCGAAGACACCAGCCGGUCCGAGACGGGUCCCCUCGUGGGCGAUGGCGACACGGCCUGGACGAAGCUGCUCGCCGCGGACACGCCCAGCCCGAUUCUGGUCAAAACCGUCGUCGAUGGCGGCGGCACAAAACCGCCCAAGGACGUGACGGUUUCGAUCGAUCCGGACUCGGGCAAACCGAUAGUCACGACGCCGGGUGAUGAUGCCGCCGGAACCAACGGCCGACGGCGCGAAUCCAUCAUCGGAACAUUCCACCGGCAGCUGCGGAUGUCGCUGAAGGCAGUGAGCGAAACUCCCGGACCGUUGACAAGAUACCGCCAGACUCGGUUUUCGUCGAGGAGAAUCCGCAAGCGGGUCAUCUUCAAGCAGGGCGAUUGCAAUGUGGUCCAGGGAAAUGUGGCCAAACGGAGACGCCGGUAUUUGCAGGACAUUUUCACCACCCUGGUCGACAUCCAGUGGCGCUGGACGCUGGUGGUGUUUGCGCUCAGCUUCAUCCUGUCCUGGCUGGGCUUCGGCACGAUCUGGUACCUGAUCUCGUACAGCCACGGCGACGUAACGGCCUACCAGCGUGGCGUCGACGAUAGCUACAAACCGUGCGUAACGUACAUCUUCGGCUUCACGUCGGCGUUUCUGUUUUCGCUCGAGACGCAACACACCAUCGGGUACGGCAACCGGUACGUGACGGAGGAGUGUCCGGAAGCGGUGUUCAUCCUGGCGCUGCAGAGCAUUACGGGCGUCUUUAUACAGGCAUUUAUGGUGGGCAUUGUGUUUGCGAAGCUGUCCCGGCCGAAGAAGCGCGCACAGACUUUACUGUUUUCGCGUAACGCCGUCGUGUGCCACCGGGACGGGGUGCCCUGUUUGAUGUUCCGGGUCGGGGAUAUGCGCAAGAGUCACAUUAUUGAGGCGCACGUUACGGCGCAGAUCAUUAGGAGGAGGAUCACCAAAGAAGGAGAGAUUUUGCCGUUUUAUCAGCAAAAUAUGGAGGUCAGCUGCGAUGGCGGGGACGAUCGGUUGAUGUUCAUUUGGCCGACGAUCGUCGUGCACAAAAUUGAUAAGGAGAGCCCGCUGUACAACCUUUCCGCGCAGGAUAUGCUGCGGGAGCGGUUCGAGAUUGUGGUUAUGUUGGAGGGCGUCGUCGAGUCCACCGGCAUGACGACGCAGGCCCGCAGCAGCUACCUGCCGUCGGAGAUCCUGUGGGGCCACCGGUUCGAGUCCGUGGUGACGUUCAAGCGGGAAACCGGCGAGUACGAGGUGGAUUACACCACGUUCAACAAUACGUACGAGGUGGAUACGCCACUUUGCAGUGCACGCCAGCUGGCGGCCGUCAAAAAGGAGCUCUGCAAGCAAACCGGAGCAGAACUGACCGACGACAGUGAGUGCGGAGUUGCGGCCGAGGAACAACGGCCGGCGGUGGACGAUUCCGGGUCCGGAAGUGCCGCGGAAUUGUGCCGGGACGGGGAGGACGGUUGCUGAGCAAACGCGCGCGAACAAAAGUGUUGAUAAUAAGUGGAUGCGUUUUACUUCCGGCGGUUGUUUUGAUUUGAUUUGUUAGUUUUUUUCGAGGGAAAAAAAAGUUCGUUCCAUUCAUUUUUAGCGUGUAACACUCAUAUCGUAGGUUAAGUGUGAUUUUAAAAGUAAGCCCAGAAUAGCGCAAGAAGAAGCUGUAAGCUGCAAUUGAAUGAAAUUCAUCAUUUUAUACUAGUGAGUAAGAUUUUUUAAGAUUGAAAACAAGCAACAAAAAAAAGUAGAUUUCAAAAUAAAGUGAAAUAGUCUAAAAAAAAAA